AGGGGAAGGGAAAUCCUCCAUACCCGUCUUAAAUGCCCGUUGGUGUAAAGGGGUGCAUAAAAGGAAAACUGCCUGCCAGAAUUGAACCUGUUUCUCCUCUUUGAAACGCAUGAUAAAUUGAGAAAGGGAUGUUCCAUUUGAGCCCUUCUUUUGCGUUUCUUCAUUCUCUGUAGCUUCCAGCAGAUAGGAAUCUGUACCUUCUUCCUUUGUGUUUGGUGACAACUUGCUUCUUCUUCCUCCUCCUCCUCUUCUUGAUGUUCUUGGUGAGACAGGCAGAGGGCUAAAUUUGUGCUUUAGGAGUUGCGUGUUAUGGGUAACUGCUGGUUUAAAGGGAAUCCAUAUUUUAACAGGGUUUCUUCCAAUGCAACGAAGUCAGAAUCUCCAAAAUUGCAGAGCCCGUCGGAGAGAGCCGAGAAGGAUGACAGCCUAUUGCCCUCCAACCCGAAGGAGGUAGAGGAGCUGCGUAAGGACUCGGCUCGGAAGAACCCUUUGAUAGCGUUUACAUUCGAGGAACUCAAGAGCAUCACGAAGAACUUCAGGCAGGACUCGGUUCUAGGCGGAGGUGGGUUUGGCAGAGUCUACAAAGGGUACAUCACCAAUGAUCUUCGCCAAGGGUUAGCAGUCGAAGAGCCGUUGCGAGUUGCGGUCAAGGUCCAUGAUGGAGACAACAGCUACCAAGGCCACAGGGAGUGGCUGGCCGAGGUAAUAUUUCUUGGGCAACUCUCGCACCCAAAUCUAGUGAAGUUGGUCGGGUAUUGCUGCGAAAAUGAUCACCGGGUUCUUGUUUAUGAGUUCAUGCCUCUGGGAUGUGUGGAAUCGCAUCUGUUUUCAAGGGUGAUGUUGCCACUGCCAUGGUCCACCAGAAUGAAAAUUGCACUCGGAGCUGCAAGGGGACUUGCCUUCCUACACGAAGCUGAGAGGCCAGUCAUUUACAGGGAUUUCAAGACGUCAAACAUAUUGCUAGACGAGGAGUAUAAUGCGAAGCUCUCUGACUUUGGGCUCGCGAAAGACGGACCGGUCGGUGACAAGUCGCACGUUUCAACGCGCAUCAUGGGCACCUACGGUUACGCUGCCCCGGAGUACAUCAUGACAGGGCACUUGACGGCGAUGAGCGACGUGUACAGCUACGGGGUGGUGCUGCUGGAGCUGCUAACGGGGCGCAAGUCGCUGGACAGGUCGAGGCCGGUGAGGGAGCAGACGCUGGCGGAUUGGGCGUUCCCGCUGCUCACGCACAGAAAGAAGGUACUGGGCAUCGUCGACCCCAGGCUCGCCGCCGACGACUACCCGGUGAAGGCCGUGCACAAGACGGCCAUGCUCGCCUAUCACUGCCUCAGCAAGAACCCCAAGGCCCGGCCGCUCAUGCGCGACAUCGUCGCCACCCUCGAGCCCCUGCAGCAGCAGCCGGUGGCGCUGGUGGGGGACAACACGACGAACACCGGUGUGGGCGGUGGCGGCAGCUGAAAUGCCCACCCAGUGUUCCCUUGUACCUGAAACGCAUGCUGCCAUGUAAUCUGCAUAUUUGUGAGGAUCGUAAUAGUGUUAUUCUUGUCCUGCAUAUAA